UGUCUGUCUAUCUCUCUUUGGAAUAAAGAAAAGAAAAAAAGAGAUAAGAGAAAGCAACUUUUAAUCUGAUUUUUUUGUAAGAGAGGAUCAUCAUUUCAUCACUCCGAGAGAGAGAGAGUCCCCAUAUGAGCAGAAGAAAGCAGUCAGAAUUUUUCAAUAAUUCUACUGAGUUAUGAUCCUUGCCCUUACCGGAUCUGACAGCUCUUAUUAUAACUAUGCUGAGAAACAAACCUAGAGCAGCCGUGACGAAGAAACAACAACCAUCGUCGUCGUCUCUAAUGGCUGAUCAACCCCCAGUCCCACCACCUUCUUCUUCUUCUUCUUCUUCAAAACUCAACAACACUUGCCACUCUUCAUCUUCCCUCUUUAGCUCCCCGAAGUUUAGGUUUUUUGCUUCAAAGAUGAGUCCUCCUUUUGACUCUGAUUUCUCUCUCGUCAGCCCUACCUCGAUCCUCGAAGCUAACCCAUCAUUCUUCUCCUCCAAAAACACUAAACCAACUCCUUAUUUCGAGCCCACGAUCCCUAAUCCCCAAAGGUUUCACCCACCUGACACCUUUGGCCUCGCCGAUCUCGUCAAAUACGGAGACAGUAACAGAGACCACUCGAGUAAACCUGCCAACAAGAUGGUCCUUUUCGGCUCUAAACUCAGAGUCCAGAUCCCAACAGCUGAUUUUGGAACUAAAACAGGAAUGAGAUACCCUGGUCAUGGUCAUGGUCAUGGACAGGGACAACUAAGUCCUUGUUGUGUCCAGAAGAAGAAGGUCUUAGCCGUGAGCGAGGUUGACCAGACGGAGGACUACACGCGCGUCAUAUCUCACGGUCCAAACCCAACCAUCACUCAUAUCUUCGACAACUCUGUUUUCGUGGAGGCUACUCCUUGCUCUGUUUCUGUACCACCACUAGUACCCAUGGCGAUGGAUACCACCAAGAACACGGGGAGUUUUCUAAGCGAUUGCUUCACCUGCAAGAAGAAUCUUGACCAGAAACAAGACAUCUAUAUAUACAGAGGUGAGAAAGGGUUUUGCAGCAGCGAGUGCAGGUACCAGGAGAUGCUUCUUGAUCAAAUGGAGACCUAGCAACCCUCUCUCCAUCUCUUCUAUUUUAAUGUUUUCUUGAUUUUGUCACAGCAUCAUCCUCUUCUUCUUUUCUCUGUUUUUAUUUUUUGUGUUUUUGUGUUUUUGUAUUUUCUUCUAGUCAUAACCUUUCUCGCCUGCAGAUAUGUGAAAGAUAGAGAGAGAGUUAAUAACUUCUUUUUUUGUUUGUCUCUGUGAGUGACUUGGAGAGCUGAAUAAUAUCAUAAAUUUACAUAA